UUUGUAUUUCUUUUCUUUUUUUUUUCUUUCUUUUUUCUUGUUUCUUUUUUAUCCCCGAUGCCUUCUCUCUGCAACUCAUCUUCCCCGAUGAGCAAUGACCAUAAUCAACCAAACAAGUAGAAUCCAAGUCUAGAACAGGAAUGGAACGCGCCCCACGCGCGUAGAAUUGAGAAUUUGGGUCGCUGCUAGUUUCAAGACUGGUGGCCGCCAUGGCCAAAUUUUGUGCCAACCUCCUGUUUAUCAACUGAUUCCGGCUUGGAGUUGGUGGGUGCCUUACCGAUCGGGGAUUUAGGUGGGUGCUAUCACUUGCUCGCAGCGGCUCCUCUCUCACAGCCUCAGAUGUCUCCUUCACCUGGGACGACGUCGUCAGGAUUUCCCAGUCGGAAGCCCUCCCCGACGACCCUUCCGAUCUCAGAGGGUACACUGAUAGGAUCAAAGCCUACAACCGUGGAGUCCCUUGAAAGAGCGUUGAUGCAAGCAACAGGGAACAUAAACAGGCUGUUUCAGAACCUAAGCUUAUCACCGUGGUUGGUAUCCGGGCGUGUCAAAGAGCAAGACGACUGCUACAAGUUGCAGUUCGACAUGCCGGGACUUACCAAGGAGGAUGUGAAGAUCAGUGUUCAUCAUGGGAAUCUGACAAUCAAAGGGGAGCACAAGGCAGAAGAGGGAGAAGAGACAGACGAUGAGUUCUGGUCAUCAAGGAGCUAUGGUUAUUAUAACACUAGUUUGGCGUUGCCGGAUGAUGCUAAAGUUGAUGAGAUAAAGGCAUCGUUGAAGGAUGGAGUGCUGUCUGUUACCAUUCCUAGAAGUGAGAAGCCUAAGGAAGAUGUGAAGGAGGUGAAUAUAAACUGAUUAAUAUGUUCGGUUGGGUUUAAUGGCUUUUACUGUUAGUGUGUGUGUGUAUAUUUUAGGCAAGUUGGAGAAGAAGUGUA